AUUUAUCGUUGUUAGCCUUGUCUAAACAAGCCGCCAUUGUGGGGCCAGGCUGCAUCGACGGCUCCGUCUCAGUUUCUCAACAACAAUAACAGCAGCAGAGCAAACGAGUGAUAAUCUCUUGAUGUGAGAAUAAACACGGAACGGAGGAGACGAGCAACGUUUCCGUUUUUAGUCGUCGUUCUUCAUCUAACGUUGCGAGGUGGUUCGUUCCUAGACAGACAGGAUGGGCCGUAUCUUCUUGGAUCACAUCGGUGGCACUCGCCUCUUCUCCUGUGCCAACUGCGACACGAUCCUGACCAACCGAGCUGAGCUCAUCUCCACACGUUUCACCGGCGCCACUGGACGAGCCUUCCUGUUUAACAAGGUUGUGAAUCUGCAGCACAGUGAGGUCCAAGACCGGGUCAUGCUGACGGGAAGGCACAUGGUGCGGGACGUCAGCUGCAAGAACUGCAACAGCAAGCUAGGAUGGAUGUAUGAGUUUGCUACGGAGGAGAGCCAACGCUACAAGGAGGGCCGGGUCAUCCUGGAGAGGGCGCUGGUGCGGGAGAGCGAAGGCUUCGAGCAUCUCCCCUCUGACAGCUCCUGAGUUCACCCUCAUUGUCAUCACGAUGCUCAGUGUCUGUAUACUACAGCUUUUCCCUCCGCAGCAGUGCAUGGCCUUAGUUGGACAGUGUGCCGUUUGUGAGUAGAGCUACACCAAGAUAUUAUCACAAGGUGGGUGUUGGUGGGAAGCAUUUCUCCAUAACGUUAAACAGCUUAGAGUUUAUUCUAUGCGGCUUCCCAAGCCAUUUAAAACCACCUGCAUUUUCAAUAUGUAGCAAAAGGCUGUGGUGGCUGUGAACAACACGUUGGUGUGACAGGAUUAUGGGGCACAGGGUUUGCUCCAGCAGCCCUUCAGGAUGCUCCGUCAGGCAGGGAUUCAAAUAGCCAUUACCCAGGACAGGUGAAUGCUAGACUGUUAGGAAUGAAAUACUACACAGUGACAUAUCUUUUACCAGAGAGCGCUCAGUGUGAUACUGUGCUUUUAUAUUAUGGUAUCUUUAGCACUGGCUGUAUUAUUCCCUAGGUUAAAAUAUCCAAAGCAAAUUAUAAUUUCAAAAUAUAAAAAACUUUAUUAUUAACUUUAUUAUCAAUUCCGAUUUGUGAAGUACGCUUUAUGUAUGCUUUAACCUCAUGUUAAUUUAGAAAGAAGAUAAGAAAACAUUUUAAAGUCGUGGGAAAAAGCCGUUUUGGUCAUUUGCAUGCCAUUGUGUUUGUAAAUGCUUUACUGCAGUCAUUCCCAUGUGAUUUUCAUUUGGAUCAAUUUCACAUUCAUUUCUUUAUUACCAAAUAUUUAGAUUGACAGUUGGCAAAUUAUUGGAAAAAGAACAAAAACAUGUUUAUUGUGUUUGUCAACAACGCAUUGUUUUAUGUCAGUAAUAAAAACAAAAUAUUCAUUCGA